GCCCCGCCCGCCGCCUCUCGCGCUGCCCCGCAGCUCCGCCGCCUCCCACCCGAGGACCAUGUCGCGGCUCAGCUGGGGAUACGGCGAGCACAACGGUCCUAUUCAUUGGAAUAAAUUUUUCCCUAUUGCUGAUGGGGAUCAACAAUCUCCGAUUGAGAUUAAAACCAAAGAAGUGAAAUAUGACUCUUCUCUGCGACCUCUUAGUAUCAAAUAUGAUGCAAACUCAGCCAAAAUCAUCAGUAAUAGUGGCCAUUCCUUCAGCGUUGACUUUGAUGACACGGAGGACAAAUCAGUUCUACGUGGGGGUCCUCUCACUGGAAGCUACCGCUUGCGACAGUUUCACCUUCACUGGGGGUCUGCUGAUGAUCACGGCUCUGAACACGUGGUGGAUGGAGUGAGAUACGCGGCAGAGCUCCAUGUCGUUCAUUGGAAUUCCGACAAAUACCCCAGUUUUGUUGAGGCAGCUCACGAGCCAGAUGGACUAGCUGUCUUGGGAGUAUUUUUACAGAUCGGUGAACAUAAUUCUCAACUGCAAAAGAUUACUGAUAUUUUGGAUUCUAUUAAAGAAAAGGGCAAACAAACUCGAUUCACAAAUUUUGAUCCACUAUCUCUGCUCCCUCCAUCCUGGGACUACUGGACAUAUCCCGGUUCCCUGACAGUCCCGCCUCUUCUUGAGAGUGUCACAUGGAUCGUUUUAAAACAACCUAUAAAUAUCAGCUCUCAACAGCUGGCCACAUUCCGCACUCUCCUCUGCACAGCGGAGGGCGAAGCAGCGGCCUUUUUGUUGAGCAACCACCGCCCACCACAGCCUCUGAAGGGCCGAAAAGUGAGAGCUUCUUUCCAUUAAAAGUCACCAGCUGACCACUGCAAACAUGUCUGUGGAGAAAAAAACAAAACGCAAAAAUCCCUGCUAACAGCUCUUUCUUAGAAUUCUGGCUUAUGGGUACCAUAUUGCUUUCAGCUUCAGCACCCGAAAGAAGCUCAGAUCUCUGCAAUCAAACUAACUUAACUCAUCCAUCUCAGAUUUCCACUCAUCAGGACUCAAACGGUAAACAUUGUUUGAUGUGUGUUAAAACCUACAAAAUACAAUCUUUUACUACCUGUGUGGGAACAUGGCAGGCAUUGCACAACUUCCUAAAACAUUAAAAAAUUUUCCCUUGCCCUAGAGAUUGAAUCAGUCAUAUCUCUCAGCAAUGUUUGGUGAAAAAAAUUAAAAUCUUUUCCAGAAUGAUAAGAUCAUGAUAUCUUUUUCCACACAAAGGAGUCUUAAUGUCUCGAUAUCAUUCCAAUUCAUAAAACGUUGAUAAUAUUUCCUUUUAAAGGGAGUUUUUGUUUUGAUUAUGUUGUUGAUUCUCAUUGCAUGGUACCUUUAAUAGAAUGAACAAUCUGAGCAUUCUGGGGGGUGGGAUAUAACUACUCACUGUGUCUGUUCCACAACUCAAAAUUAACCUAUCCAAUUUUGGUGGGCAAUUCCUCAGGAUAUGAAUGACUGCUUAAACCUUAAUGAGUUAUGCCCUAUAUCACAUUCGUGCAGUAAUGUUAGUGAUAACCAGGUUGAUAAUUGACCAGAUGCAGUGCUUGCCAGUUUAUUGACAUAGUUUGAAACUAACAGAUUGCAAGGUACCAGGCUGGUGGUGCAGCCCAAGGGCAUGAUGAUGAAUGGGUUGCUUACUUUUCCCCUUGUUUUGGCACAGAGCAGGGAGCAAUCCUGUAUAGGUUACUGUUCUGUCAAGUGGUGGAAAAUAUUUACUUGAGUCUCAUAUAAGUAUACAGUCAGCUCACAAACCCUUCAACCCAUUUCCAUGGCAAAGUUCAUCUCCCUUUUUAUCCAUGUCCCUCAAUCUCACAAGUAAUUUUAUAAGUUGGCUGUUGAUAUUCACUUUAACCUGUUGCCUCUUAUGUAUUUUUCUUUGUUUUUGGUGAAGGAGGAUGGUGAGGGUCCUUUCACUCUCUCUGGUGCAAGUGGAGUGACACCAUUAAUUUAACCACGUUUAAGGCUUGGACACAGAGUACACUUCUGUCUUCUGAGAGAAGUUUAGCUGAGUUUCCUUGAUUUUGUUAAUUUGUUUCAAACACCAUUCCUCCUCUGAAUGUAGAUUUUGAUAUCUUAAAUUAUUGUAAUAGUUUUCUUGAUAGGAUAACUGAGUGUCAGUAAAUUAUAUGAUAAUGCUGUACUCAGUUGCAGAAGAUAAGCUCCUGAAGUCUAACUGGUCAUUUCUGUUUUCCCUCAUGUAGCUUAAGCCUUGCAGGAGAUUGCCAUCUCAUAAAUCUUUAAUGAACUGAAUCUUUUAAACUAUUUUAUUUGAUGUCUUCGGUAAUUAUCUCGCAGCUUGUGAUUAAAUGCACCAUCAGUUAAUGUAACAAGUAAAAUAUAAGUUAUCUCUUAAAGGUGGUUUCUUCUGAAAGGAAUAAUUUAUUAAAUCUACUUGUGUAACCAGAUGUUUUAAAAAUACCAAUGUUGAAUGGGAAGGUGUUUCUUUAGUUUGGAAAGACAUGUUGUGAGGUAUCCUAGUCACAGAAAGAAGUCUGUUUCCUCAGAGAAGGUAGUUGUUCUGUUUGAAGGGGUGUGUAACGAGGAUUCUAGUUACUUUGCAUGAGAGUUUUUACGUUGUAAUUUAGGGUUUCUGCUACAAUAUUGCCUCAGUUCCAUGCUACAAAUUGGACUUUAGUAGACUAAAAGUCAACAUAUCACUCAUUAUCUUGAAGACUGUCUGCUAAUUUAUUUAUCUCUUAGGGGCAAAAGAUCUAAGUGUAUGUUGAAGUUGUUAUCUCUUAAAAAGAUUAAAGAGUAUAAAUACUAA